AUGGCACUCUCUAUCAAUCUCAGCACUCCAAAACCUUCUAUCUCCCUUCUCAAACCCCAAAUCUUCACCACUCCAACCAAAAGCCCUAAGCUUAAACCCAAAACCACCACAGUUUUUGCCUCCCUCUCAACUUCAACUUCAAAACCCACAGUUUCUCCGAACUGGGCCUUAGACAGCUGGAAAUCUAAACCAGCCCGCCAGCUCCCGGAUUACCCGGACCAGGUUGAAUUGGACUCGGUGCUCCAGACCCUGACCAGUUUCCCGCCAAUUGUGUUCGCGGGUGAGGCCAGGAAGCUUGAGGAGAGAAUUGCGAGUGCUGCUGUAGGUGGAGCUUUUUUAUUGCAGGGUGGAGAUUGUGCUGAGAGCUUUAAGGAGUUCAAUGCCAAUAAUAUUAGAGAUACUUUUCGGGUUUUGCUCCAGAUGGGUGUUGUUCUCACUUUUGGUGCCCAAAUGCCCGUCAUCAAGGUUGGUAGGAUGGCAGGUCAAUUUGCGAAACCUAGGUCUGACCCAUUUGAAGAAAAAGAUGGUGUGAAGCUACCGAGUUAUCGAGGAGAUAAUAUUAAUGCUGAUGCUUUUGAUGAGAAAUCUAGGACACCUGAUCCUCAAAGGUUGAUCAGAGCAUAUCUCCAAUCUGUCGGCACCUUGAAUCUCCUUAGAGCUUUUGCCACUGGUGGAUAUGCUGCUAUGCAAAGAGUGUCGCAAUGGAAUCUUGACUUUGUAGAACAUAGUGAGCAAGGAGACAGGUACAUGGAACUUGCACGGAGAGUUGAUGAAGCUCUUGGCUUCAUGGCUGCCGCUGGCCUUACUGUUGAUCAUCCUGUAAUGAACACAACAGAGUUUUGGACCUCUCAUGAGUGCCUUCAUUUACCAUAUGAGCAAGCUCUAACCAGGGAGGACUCAACAACUGGCCUCUAUUAUGAUUGUUCUGCUCACAUGCUUUGGGUAGGUGAGAGGACCCGGCAGUUGGAUGGAGCACAUGUUGAAUUCCUACGUGGUGUAUCCAAUCCUCUUGGCAUCAAGGUGAGUGAUAAGAUGGAUCCAAAGGAGCUUGUGAAAUUGUGUGAAAUUCUCAACCCUCAUAACAGACCUGGAAGACUGACGAUAAUUACCAGAAUGGGAGCAGACAACAUGCGGAUUAAACUUCCCCAUUUGAUAAGAGCUGUGCGCCAGGCUGGGCUUAUAGUCACAUGGGUCAGUGAUCCCAUGCAUGGUAAUACGAUUAAAGCUCCAUGUGGUCUCAAGACAAGGCCAUUUGAUUCAAUCAGGGCUGAGUUGAGGGCAUUCUUUGAUGUUCAUGACCAAGAAGGUAGCUAUCCUGGAGGAGUACACUUAGAAAUGACUGGGCAGAAUGUGACGGAGUGUGUUGGAGGGUCAAAGACCAUCACUUUUGAUGACUUGAAUUCCCGUUAUCACACACAUUGUGACCCUAGACUGAAUGCGUCUCAGUCGCUUGAGCUGGCAUUUGCCAUAUCAGAGAGGCUGAGGAAGAAAAGGUUACGAGCUGGUGAAGGCAUCCUUAGCGGACAGGACAUUGGUUCUGUGGCAUAA